GAAUUUGUCCUUGGGGUAUUAUGGAGUCCCCUUCGGAAGAAUCAACCGAACUGCCCACACAACAAGAUAACACACAAGAUUCGAACGGUGAUGUCAGAAAUAAAAAGACAAAAGUUAAGCAAGUCCAAAUAGUGUGUGUUAAGGAUCGUCAGUUUACAGUGACACCUGUUGCUGAUUCCUACCAUGACGCUCUCGAUGAACUCCCCUGUGAUGAAACAACCAUUCUACAGUUUGAGAAUGAGCUUAAAGGACAAAUGGCCGACACAAGUGACACACUUACGCACAACAGUAUUACAGCAUUAUUAUCCUCAAAGUUCAGAGACAUACAAAAAAGACUGAAGCAGUAUGGGAUUGAAGCACCAAAGUUCAGAAAGAGGCUAGUUUCAAAAUGGGAGAGUCUGAAUUACGACAUCUGUGAAAAUGUCCUCUACAUUAAGAACAGGGACCAGUACAGAUCUAAGAUACAUCAUGAAUUUGGUGGAAGAGGUGUAAAAAGAUGGGUGACGUUUGGUUGGCUCAGUAAAUGGAUGAUUAUGUUAGGGAUUGGGUUAUUAACAGCUCUAUUAGCAGCAGCCAUUCAUGGCAUCGUGGAAGAAGUAGCUCAUAUCAAAUUUAAAUAUCUCAGUGAUUAUUUUGAUCAGUGUGCAAAGGAUGAUUGUUUAUAUUUACCUGUGUUUAUGUGGAUGGGCAUGAAUCUAGUCAUUACAUGUUUAGCCUCCUUACUUGUUACAUUCCUACAGCAAAAAGCAGCCGGGAGUGGUAUUCCAUUAAUCAAGGCUUAUUUAAAUGGUGUCAAGAUACCAGGACUGUUGUCAUUUAAAUGUUUUAUAGCAAAAUCUGUUGGAGUUGUUCUUUCUAUCCUAGGUGGUCUAUUUUGUGGAAAGGAAGGUCCUAUGGCUCACUCAGGUGGCAUCAUAGCAGCAGGAUUAGGUAAAGGAAGAAUUAGAUUAUGUAAAGGCAAAGGUAUUUCGUUGUAUGAUGGAUUCAGGAAUGAUCAUGAGAUCAGGGAUUUUGUAGCAGGUGGGGCUGCAGCAGGGGUAUCAGCUGCCUUUGGGGCUCCAGUGGGAGGAACACUGUUUAGUUUAGAAGAGGCUGCCAGCUUUUGGAACCAGGACUUAACAUGGAGAGUUUUUUUUGGUGCUAUGAUAUCAACAUUCUUCACCAACUUUUUGUUGGGUGCCUUCCAUGGACAUGCCACAGAGUUAUCUUCUCCUGGAUUAGUUAGAUUUAAUGUCUUUGAUAAUGAUUUAAAGUUUGAUUUGAUAGAAAUUCCAGUCUUUGUAGUAAUGGCAGUUGUAGGUGGAGUACUUGGAGCCUCUUUUGUUGUUCUUAAUUACAAACUAACAGUAUUUAGACAAAGGUUUUUAAGAAAGAAUUGGUUGAAGGUGAUAGAAGCAGGUGUUGUGGCUAUGGUAUCUGCAUUAUUGGCCUUUAUAUUGAUGGUGGGCGUAGAUGAUUGUACAGCUACUAAACCAUUCGGAAAUAACACUGUUACAGCAAGGAUGCACUGUAAACCAGGUCAACACCAUGGGUUAUCUAACCUGUUUCUUAACACACCAGAAGGCUGUCUGAAAUCACUGCUUCAUGAUCCAUAUGAGUCCCACAGUCCAGCCAGUUUAGCAGUAUUCACUGUAGUUUUAUAUUUCCUGAGUGUUUGGACCUAUGGUCUAAGUGUAUCUAGUGGUGUUUUCAUUCCUUCCUUAGCAACAGGUGCUGCCUGGGGGAGACUAGUUGGUAUGGGUGUAGUUGAUUUGCUCCCUGGAUUAACUCAUUUGUCAGGAGAUUUUGGGAAGUAUGCCCUAAUUGGAGCAGCAUCUCAGAUUGGAGGAAAUCUCCGUACAACGAUCAGUUUAACUGUGAUUAUUGUAGAAUGUACAGGAGAUAUAUCAUUUGGACUGCCAAUCAUGAUUGUACUUAUGAUCUCAAAAUGGGUCGGGGAUUUUAUAACGACUGGUCUCUAUGAUAUGAAUAUAGAAGUAUUGGGUAUACCUAUCAUACCAUUUGAAGCCCCACCACUGGUAGAUGACAUCAGAGCAAGUGAAGUAAUGACAUCACCAUUAAUUGGUUUUCGACCAAAAGAAAAAGUAGGCCAGAUAAUAGAUAUACUAAAGACAGAAAAUAUGUGUGGUUUCCCUAUAACAGAAACGCCAGAAGAUGAGCCUGGCAGAGUGAAGUUAAAAGGUUUGAUCCUAAGGGAGCAGUUGAUAGUUAUAUUGAAGAAAAAAAUUUUUGCUCCAGAAGGGCUUCCACAACCAAAAAAUAUAACCAUAGCAGAUUUUAGAAAUUUUUAUCCACUGUAUUUGAAAAUAAAGGAUAUAGCUAUUUCAGAAGAAGAAAGAGAUUAUAUGAUAGAUCUCAGACCAUUUUAUAAUCCAACACCUCACACCAUUGAAAAGACAUUUUCUCUGCCUAAAGUAUUCAAUGUAUUCAGAGGUCUAGGAUUAAGACAUUUAAUUGUAACAGAUGAUAAGUUAACACCCUUAGGGAUGAUUACAAGAAAAGAUUUAGCCAAAUUUAGAGCAGGUACAAAAAGAGGUCUGGUAAAAAUAGAACAUCUGAAGAUUGAAGACAAUUAAAGAAAAGUACAGCACAUUACAUUGUUUUAUUGAGUUAAUAUUAUAAGGCUAUUGGGUUGUUGACAUAAAACACUGCAUGAAACAUACACUUUAAAGAUUUCCUAUUUUCCUUUUUGUGUAUACUAAACAGUAAAAGACAGUUUAUGAUUAUUUAAAAAAUAUUUUUAAGAAGAAAUUCUUCUACAUAAUUGACAAAAAUUGUUUAUAAGGGACAAGAGGGGAAAGUAAUCAAUACAAUUUUCUGCAUGUAAGCAGGCAAAAUGUGAAAAAUAAUUGAUUUAAAUAGCAAUUUAGCAAUGUUGAAUUUAAGGUGGUACCUAACACUACAGGGAGAUAACUCUGUAAAAUCAGCAGAAAGUUGUAAUGACGUAGUGUUCAUAAGGGAAUAUUAAGCUUCUCGAUGAUCAAAAUGAGUGUUUGUCUAACUGCUAUAUAACCAGUGUAAUUUUUCUGAUAAAAUGAAGUUUUUAUAUUUUUGUCAAAGGGUCAAAGUAAAUACUUUGUCUAAAUUUUAUGAAAAUUAAACGAGCCAAAUUAAUUUUAGUCAAGGUGUUAGGUACCACCUAAAAUAACAAUUUAGCAAUGUUGAAUUUAAGAAAAAUAUUUAGCCUUUUAUACAAUAAAUAACCAUUGAACAAUUUAUGUCAAAGGACACCCUUUAUAAUUGAUUUACAAUUUAUUGCAACAUAACUUAUAUUUUAAAGAAAAGUUUUCUUAUCACAAUUUUAGAUGCCUACUCUUUUUAAAUUAAGAGUAAACAGUAAUGUGUUCUUAAGAAAGAUAAUUGCAAAUAAAUGUUUGUCUUAAGUAAAAUAUUGUCAUGGUAACAUAUAUGAAAAUUGUAAAUGUCAUUUCAACAAAUAAAGUGAAUCUCUGUUCAUUUAGAUAUUAUUUCAGUCUUUUUUGGUUGUUAUUUAUCGUCGCUGUGCUUCCAAAAUGUUGUAAAUUACUAAUUUUUCAAGAAAAAAAUAUCUCAUGAACAGGCUUUGAAAAUUUUGACAAAAUGUAUGUUUCCAAAAUGUGGUAUGUGAACUUGAACAUUUUGCAAACAGCAGUGAAAUAAAAACUUUGAAAUUUCUGGAUUAACCGUGAACUUAAAAUAUUUUCACAGAAAAAAAAAUGUACAAUUAAUUCAUUCCCAAAGUCCACUAUACAACGAUUUUCAAAUUUUCAUACAACAUUUUGGAAGCAAAAUUAACAAACAACUGAUAUUGGUAAUUUUGUUACAUGUAGUAUUUCAUAGGUUUUGAUUGGUCUAAAUGUAUACUAUUUUGUAAUACCAAAGAUUUCCUCCCACCAAAACCAUUGGUGUCAAAAAGUAUUUUUAGCCAAAAAAGUCAUAUACAACAUUUUGGAAGCCCAGCGACGUUGUAUUUUUUUUAUGUGUCUGUUUGAUGUACAGUGGAUUUAUUAUUUUUCCUUGGAUACCAUUUUUUGGUGGAUUUUGUAGUUAUAAGGGAACCACAAAUUUAAAAAUGUUAAUUUAAUUAUUAUGAAUGUUAUUAUAUAAGUAUAUGAAGACUGCCAAAACUAAGAACAUUUAGAUUUAAUUCGAUCUACAAAAAUUAGUACCAACGAAAAUUCAUUCACUCACUGUAUAAGAUUUUAUUGCCAUAUUUUUAAGAAUCUCCAAAGAGUUUAUAGGUAUGUUUAAGUACCAGUAGUUUUAUAGUAAAAUUUUGCACUAAUUGAUUAAGUUUAUAUUGAUCAUGUUGAUCAUAGAUAUAUAUUGAAAUUUGAUGAUGUAUUCAUUGACACAUUUAAUUUAUUUAGUGAUAUGAUUUAGAUCAACGUUUUUGGACUCAUCGGUGUUUUCAAGUUUUUUAAAUGACUGCAUGCAAAUUUGGGUCAAUAUGUUACAUCAUAUGAUAACUGAAGAUUUUUGGAAUAUACCAAUAAAACAACAAUCCAACAGAAAAACAAAACACAGGUCUUCAUAAGGCCCUCAAUCAUGUACAAAAAAUUGGAUGCCUUUCUUAAAUUUCAAAUCUAAAAAAUUGAGGGUGAAAGAAUAUUAGAUGGGUUAGAAAAGUAAUUUUGUGUAUAUUUUACCAGAAAAAGAAUACAGUAAAUUGGCAGAUAAGAUUGGGAUUACUGAAUUAAAUGGCAAACACUAUAUACAUAUCACUAUUAUAUGUUUUUUCUCUUUGGUUUAUAUUUAUAUUGCAUAUUUUUUUUGAUGACUUCAGUUUUUGUUAGCAUGUAACACACCUUAACCAAUGUUAGAUUACAGAUAUUUUUUUGCUGCAUUUUUUGUGUUCAAAUCCAACAUAACAAACCUUUUAUUGACUUUGUAUUUCAUUUAUGUUCAUCAGACACUAUUAUUCACAUGUUGUUCUCUUAAACUAUGAGAAGUUAUCUUCCUUUGAUCAGCUACAUUUAAGUUGAGAAAAGUUUUCUGAAAUAUUUUAACACUGUCUUGCUAUUCCAUAAGGGAUUACAUUAGAACAUAGAAAGCGUCGGAGGAAGGAACUUCACAAAAUAGGGUACCAUCUAUAGAGGAAAUUAUAGAACUUUUGUCAUAUUUUUACUGUUCAAAAUAGUUUUUACCCAUAGUAGAGAUUUAGAAGUAGUUUUCUGGGCCCUUUGUAUGUCUUGAUGGAAACAGCCCGAAUUUGUUGGGCAAAUAUAUAUAUAUUUAUGUUGUGGAAAUAUAUAUAUAUUUUAUAUUGGGGAAAUCUGCACUAAAGUGUUGUGCAAAUGUAAAAUAUAAAACCGUAGUAUAUUUUGAAUAACAACGAAGAGAAUCUCCUAACACACUAUAUAGAAAUACUAAGUGCUGACAAUACAUCAGAUAUUUGAAUUUUUUGGGUACUAUUUGUAGUUAAGUUAGAACUGCAAAAUAAGAAAAAAGUUCCAACACAAGUAUGCAUUUAUGAAUGAAGAUUUUAAAACAUUUUUUCAAAGAAUAAACUUGAAAUACAUAGCUAUAUAAUAGUUGAUAUUAAUUACCAGUAGUCAGAUUAAAAAUAUGCAUGAAACAUACAAUGAACCAACUUCUUGUAGUCAAUGAACGUAUAAUCAGAAACGAAAAUAUAUUGCUCAGAAUAGUUAUGACUAAAUUUCACUAUUGUAAAUUUCUACUGAAACUAUGCACAUAUUAUGCAUCUCAGGGUUUUAAGUAAUUAUUGUUUCCAUUCAUUAGUUAUUCGUUUGAAAUGUGUGUUCUUGUAACCUUUGACAAUCAGUGUGUCCCAGGAAUAUCUAUAGGUCAGGAAAAAAUGACUUAAAAAGGAAAAUCAUUUCUAAAUUGGAAAGAAAUAUUAUUGUAAACAAAAAAUUUAAAAUGAUUUUAUUUAAAAUCUUUGAAGAUUAAAAUUAGUUUUACUAUUAUGAAAACUUUUAGCAAUAAAUUCCUAUAUUCAAAUGUGUAUAAGUUAGUUUUGACAAAAACCUUCAUACACGUAGCCAGGUGGGGUUUGGGGGGUUUGGAUGACCCCCCCCCUUGAAAACAAAAUAAGCACUGUUGAAGUCAAUGUUCUGUUCGAAUUGUGACUGUUAAAGUCGAGUUUGUGCGUCCAACAAACUGACCCCCCCUUGGAAAUUCCUGGCUACGGGCCUGACCUUUAAUUAUUAAACCACUUGUUCACAUUCCAAUACAACUGUGCUUACCCACUUAUUCCUGUCUAUACAGACUGAUUCUAAUUAAUGAACAUUAUUAUUACUCAUACAUUGGACUACUAUUAACAGACUUAUCAUUUACACCCUUUUCAUGUUGAGUUCCUCCUAGCUAAGAUUAGUAAGUGCCAUAUUUAGUCGCAAGUAAAAAUUUCAUUGCAUGAAGGUGGUACCCAGCACUUUCACUAAAAUAAAUUUGGCUCGUUUAAUUUUUGUAAAAUUUUGACAAAGUAUUUACUUUGACCCUUUAACAAAAAUAUAAAAAUUUUAAAAAUUUUGAACACACCAUUUUGUCAGAAAAAUUACACUAGUUAUAUAGCAGUUUGACAAACACCAAUUUAGACAUUGAGAAGCUUAUUAUUCCCUUUAUAACACAACGUUAUUAAAACGUUAAGCUGAUUUUACAGUUAUCUCCCUGUAGUGUUAGGUACCACCUUAAGAUUAAAAAAAUGUUUUAUUUUGAUGAAAGAAAGUGUAAUAAUAUAUUUUUUGGUCAAACCAUUUCUUUGACACAUUGCCAUUCACCCUCCACCUGACCAAGUCUAGCCUUGGAAAACAUAGAGCAUAGGCUUGAACAAACUAAACAUUGAAGUCAGUUAUGCAAGUAAGCAUAAAAACAUAUUUAAAAGGAUAUUUUGAAAAUCAGUGGAAUUUUAUUAGUUUUCAUUGAAAUUUUGUUGAAAAUCAGACCUUUUUUUUUUUUUUAGAUGUCAUGAAAAUAUUUAAUACUGCCAAGUAAAUUUUCACAGCACAAGAUAUUUUUUUUAUUUUGCCUUUGUUUUAGGUAUGAUUCAUUGUAAUAUUUGACUAUAAAUUCUAAUUUUAAAUUUUAACUAAAAAUAGGGCUAUUUAGGGUCUAAUAGAAUUUAAUUUCUUGAUUUUAUUGUAAUAUUUUAUUCAUAUUGCAUAUGAUUUUUAUCAACCCACAUCAAACUAUUACCGAAACUUUAUGCAAAAUUAAUGUUAUACAUCAGUGAUAAAUAUAUUUAUUUUACCUUUUCUGAAUUCAGAAAGAAGAAGGUUUUACAAAUCCAAUAUUUAAAAAUUGUAAAUAUUACCAAUUAAAAAUUGUAACCAAAGUAUGUGUAUCACUGAAUAAUUUAUUUUUAUGUUUACUAGUUAUUCUGGUCUAUAACUUUGUUAAAUUAUUUUUUGUAAUUAUUUUGCUACAUUAUUUGAUGAAGAAAAAAACAGUAAUACGAUAUACAGAUAUUUUAUAACUUAUCUAAGCAAAAGUAUUGUAAAUCAUAUAAAGCUUUGUUGAUCUCAGUCCAACAUAUUGCAUAUAUUUUCUAAGUAAAUGUCAAGGUUCUUCAUUGAUAACCUUCAAAUGCAACACUGAUUUCAAGAUUGAUUUCUAUGGGUUAGAUUGCAAAAAAAUAUCAUCAUGUGUGAUUUCUAAAUCUGCAUACUUUUGCAAGAAAUGGUACCAUUGAUAUAAUUCCUGUCUUUACAUUUUAUCUAGUUUAAGUGCACUUUCUUAUUUCUUGUUUUACACCUUGUCUGUGAUAUUUGAAACAAGUAGUCAUAUGUCUUGUAAAUCCUAUAUUUAUCAGUCUCUUUUUUUAACUAUUAUCUGUGUAAAUGUAUUUCAGUGAUGUCUAUCAGAGGGCAUUGAUUGCUACUUUUAUGUGAUAUAUAUUUGUUUGUUUGUUGAAACUUGAUUUGAAAUCAAAUUAUAAAACUUUUUUGUUGACAUUAAAUUA